AUGUGUCAUGUCAUACUCAACAUUUACUCAACAGGAACAAAACCCUAUAAAUGUAAAGACUGUAACAAGGCCUUUGUUCGGAACUCUCUCCUCAUUCAACACCAGAGAAUUCAUACCGGAGAAAAACCUUACAAAUGUGAAGAAUGUGGCAAAGCUUUUAGCUGUUCUUCAAGCCUUACCCCACACCAGAGAAUUCACACUGGAGAGAAACCCUACAAAUGUGAAGAAUGUGGACAGGCUUUUAACUGUUCUUCACACCUGUAUAAGCAUCAGAGAAUUCACACUGGUGAGAAACCGUACAAAUGCAAAGAAUGUGGUAAAGCAUUUAACUGGUCUUCUAGCCUUACCCAACACCAAAGAAUUCAUACUGGAGAGAAACCCUACAAAUGUGAAGAAUGUGGCCUGGCCUUUAACUGUUCUUCACACCUGUAUAGGCAUCAGAGAAUUCAUACUGGUGAAAAGCUUUACAAAUGCAAAGAAUGUGGAAAAGCCUUUAACUGUUCUUCAUACCUCAAUUAUCAUCAGAUACUUCAUACUGGAGAUAAACCCCACAAAUGUGAAGAAUGUGGCAAAGCCUUUACCAUGUUCUCUUAUCUUAGUAAACACCAAAGAAUUCAUACUGGAGAAAAACCCUAUAAAUGCAAAGAAUGUGACAAAGCCUUUAAUAAUUGUUCAGCCCUAACUCAACACCAAAGAAUUCACACUGGAGAGAAACCCUACAAAUGCAAAGAAUGUGAAAAAGCUUUUAAUAAUAGUUCGAGCCUUACUCAUCACCAAAGAAUUCACACUGGAGAGAAACCCUACAGAUGCAAAGAAUGUGAAAAAGCUUUUAAUAAUAGUUCGAGCCUUACUCAUCACCAAAGAAUUCACACUGGAGAGAAACCCUACAGAUGCAAAGAAUGUGAAAAAGCUUUUAAUAAUAGUUCGAGCCUUACUCAUCACCAAAGAAUUCACACUGGAGAGAAACCCUACAGAUGCAAAGAAUGUGAAAAAGCUUUUAAUAAUAGUUCGAGCCUUACUCAUCACCAAAGAAUUCACACUGGAGAGAAACCCUACAGAUGCAAAGAAUGUGGUAAGGCUUUUAACUCUUCUUCACACCUGUAUAGGCAUCAGAGAAUUCAUACAGAGAAUUUACAAAUGCAAAGAAUGUGGAAAAGCCUUUAACUCUUCUUCACACCUUAAUUAUCAUCAGAGAAUUCAUACUGGAGAGAAACCCUACAAGUGCGAAGAAUGUGGCAAAGCCUUUAAUAAUUGUUCAGCUCUUACUCAACACCGAAGAAUUCAUACUGGUGAGAAACCCUACAGAUGCACAG